GGCGCCGAGGAGUCCCCGCAUCCGCGGCUUCGUCGACGCGCCCGCGGACGGACGUAUGAAAGGUCGGGGCUGCGGCAGGAUCAAGAGCGAGACAAUGCCGCCGUCCUCGCACACCAACUGGACGAGGCCGUUGCUCAAGGGCGGACAGACGACGCAGAUGCAGGCCGCCAGGCAGCAGCAGCAGAUAACGACGGCGACGGCAGCGGCGACGAUGACGUCCUCGGUGGCCGUCGGCGCCGGAGCGCAGAAUCAAACCCUGACGGAGCACCCGGCGACGCCGAUCCUCGACAGGAGGAUCAAGGUGGUCCUGGUGGGCGACGGUGCGGUCGGCAAGACCAGCCUGGUGGUCUCGUACUCCACCAACGGCUUCCCCGGGGAAUACGUGCCGACCGCCUUCGACAAUUACAACGUGGUGGUAAACGUCGACGGGCAACCACUGAAUGUCCAGCUGUGCGAUACAGCGGGCCAGGACGACUUCGACCCCUUGAGAUCGUUGUGCUACCCCGAGACAGAUGUGUUCCUAGUUUGCUUCAGCGUCGUUUGCCCCUCGUCUUAUCACAGCGUGGCUUCCAGGUGGAUCAACGAAGUGCGAAAAUACUGUCCCAACGCCCCAAUCAUUUUGGUGGGGACAAAGAGCGACUUGAGAUCGGACGUGCGUCUGAUGCUGCAAUUGGCGAGAUACGGGCAGGCGCCGAUCACGACGAUCCAGGGCCAUCAACUGGCGCACCGGCUGGGCGCCGUCAAUUACGUAGAGACAUCCGCGUUGACGCAACACGACCUCAAGGAGGCCUUCGAUCAGGCGAUAGUCAGUGCCCUCAAUACUCGACGCGGUGGCGCCAGUCUGCUCUACCGGCGUAGGAAGCCGCCCCCGUUGUGGCGUAGAUGGUUGUGCUGCUGGGAACGGCCGUCUCCGAGCGAGACCUAAGCAAUCGUACAUAGACUAUACUUCUUUAGAAUCCCUCUCUGUGAUCACAGGGCGGUCGCCCUCCCUCCCGUCAGAAUCGUCAUCCCUCAGCAUGACAUACUCUAGUUAGCCGCGCUGCUUGCGGAUCAUCUCGUCGUAAAAAUAGAGCAGCUAGUACUUUGUUAUUUAGAUUUUAGGCGGGACGGCUAUUAAUAGAUACUCGCGCGAGCCGAGAGAGCAACCCUGUGGUUACGCGCCGGCGCUUUAACGCGGCCCCGCUCGUCUCCAUCACCUAACACGCAGCUUUUAUAUCGCACGUACGUUUUACAUGCGUGUUUUUACGCGCCUCCCACGAACUAACAAACUGCCAGAACGAAACGCCAAAACACGACGUCAGCCGGCAAAGCCGUACCGUGUCGGGAACAACGGCGCCUAACUCGCACAAACGAACGAUCCGUAAAUCGAGGGUUGCUCGGCCGGCGCAAUUUAACACGAGUCGACGCACGAGCGCACUUGGUCGGGAGCAAGCAUUAGCCGAAUUAACAAUUCUGACGGACGGGGCGAGCGAGUGCCGCCCUCGUAAAAAUUCCUGAAGCCGCGCACGGCAUAAUUUAUUGUAAUAUUAAUCGUACUAAUCAUUAUUUUUGUUACUAGCAUAAUAAUUGGCUACUCGCUGGUUGUGAUUUUUCGUGUACGUAAUAUCCUUGUUUCAAUUGCCGCGGUGACGAUCGGUUCUCUCCCAUUCUUGCCCCCCCCCCCCUUUAUCAAGGAUAUUAGGUGGCCCUUUGUUUUACGACCACCGUAGCGUAUAACAAUUGUAUAGUUUUUACUUGUUGCGACCUCUCGUAUAUAUAUAAAUAUAUAUAUUUAUUUUUUAACAUCUUUGAUAUAUCGGUAUUUUCGUAGAGUAACGGUAGCUUUAAAUCGGACACUUUUUACAGAUCGACGAUAUGAUCGUGACAUCACGCACAUAGAAUUUAUAUAGCGCGUAAGCGACGGAGUUGCCGCGAACGGAUCAAUGAUAUUUCGUAAAAGUACGUUUUUUUUCUCUCUCUCUUUUUAUAUAAGCAUAUGUGAUGUAGUAGCGUUUGUACGAGCGAUAUCAACCGUAUGAAGGAAUAUCAAAUACAAUAAUUAGCGAAGAGAGAUGAACGCGCCAAGUGUUCGGCGAACACCGGGCGUACACUGGAAGAGAAAACUGUUCGCUAUCGUAGCUGAUCGUGGUCUGCUAAAAAUGUUUCGCCGCCAUAAUUGUAAAAUUUCUAAACCACGGUAAACGGUUUGCUGCCGCACCCGAUACAGUGUAGGCACAGUAGCAGAAUACUCGGCAACCAAAUAUCAGCUGUCCACAUUUUACAACUGAAAUUUCGUUGCCACGCGCAGCUUUCAGCUACGGCAGCUACAUUUUUCCUUCCGUGAUACUCGGGUCACUUGUUAGGAAGAUUUGCUGUGAUCUUAAUCGAAACUCUUUACCGGUUAUACUGUGUGUUGCAUAUGGAAUUGUAUUAAUAAGACUGCGGAAAAGAUUCGAUGGCUCUGCGCAGUAUCGUAGACUUAAUCUGCUGUAACACUUUCAUCAUCACAUGACAUCAUCAAAAAUAAAUUGUAUAUAAAGUA